AUGGCACUCAAACAUGUCCAAAAUGCUCUGGAAGAUAUAAAAUAUGAAAUUGGACCAAAGUUCACAGAAAGUUUAACAGGACUUCUAAGGGAUCAGGCGAUUGACAGGAUAAACCGAGUUCUUGAUUAUACGAUUCAUGGUGGAAAGUUUGCUCGAUCUUGUCUUGUCCUCAACACUUUUCUAGCCCUGAAGCCAGAAGCUACUCCAGAAGAGAUUAAGAAGGCUUCGCGAGUAGCCGUGGUCAUGGAAAUUGUGAGUUUUUUAGUUUUUUGUUGAAGUUUAGGUGAACGAUAAUUAAAGGAGCUUGUAUAUAGGAUACCCUAUGUGUUUUUACUGCGUUAUCAAGUUAUUUUGGCAUAUUAUUGGAUAUAAAGACUUGUUUUUUUACCUAAAAAGAACACGGUUUUAUCUCCGAAAUUGCGAAAUUUUAAGGAAAAAAACGCUUUUGCUUUUUGAGCCGAAACGAAAGGCUUUGGCAGCGUGUCCUCGGUAGUAUAGUGGUAAGUAUCCGCGCCUGUCACGUGCGAGACCCGGGUUCGAUUCCCGGCCGGGGAGUAAACUUUUUUAUAAUUUUUUGAGUGCGUCAUAAUGGUUUUAGAAAUAAAAAUGUAGUUACUAUCAUUUUACUGUUAUUGCUCUUUUUCAGUUACAAUCGUUUUUCCUUAUUAUCGACGAUGUUAUGGAUAAUGGCGAAGUGCGGCGGGGUAAACCAUGUUGGCAUCGACUGGUAAGUGAUUUUUAAACAAUUAUGCAUAAAUAUGUGAUAAUUUAAACAGAUUUGGUGUGGUUACGGAUAAUUUUUUUUCAAUUUGGUGUAUUGUCAUAUUUUAGCCCAGCGUGGGACUAGUGGCCAUAAAUGACGGGUUGAUGUUGGACCAGAUGAUUGACCUCAUAAUACGGGAAACGAUGGUUGAUCACCCGAGAAUGUUGGACAUGUUAAGGUUUAUAUACGAGGUAUGUUUUGUUGUUGUUUUAGACUUGAUUCUUUAUAAAACUUUAACGAGUAUACUUCACUAUGUGGUACAUAGCUUCUUUUUUAAAACUAUAUCUAUGUAUUUAUGCCUAAGCCCUAACAUUUUCAGACAAAACGACGAUCAGUGUUGGGUGAACUGUUCGAUACGACCUCAAAAACGUUGGACGAGUGCACUUUUAACCGGUACGAACAAAUAAUACUGCACAAGACUACAUAUUACACUUAUAUCUUGCCAAUUCAACUUGGGUAUACCAUAGCCGACAGGGAUGAUUUCGAAGAAAUAGUGCCAGUUUUGGAACGACUAGGUCUAUUGUUUAGUGCGUUGGUAAGUAAACAUGCUUUUUUUAAUUUGGUAACCUUAUGGCGAAAUUAAACUUUUUCUAAAUGAAAAAAUAUGUUAAGGAUGACUACCUGGACGUCUUCGGAGAUCCAGCCCUGACCGGAAAGACCAUAAUGAACGAUCUGGUGGAAGGAAAGUGCACAUGGAUAACAUGCACAGCCUUGGAAUUACUUCAAGAGUCCGACCAGUCGAAAACUUUGUCGGAUUUCGAAAAAGCAUUUGGGAACGCCGAGAAACGCUACGUGAAUCGAGCUCUCGAGAUUCUGAAGACGUUGAAAAUCGACGAACUCUACAAUACAUACGAGGUCGAAGAGUGUACUGCCUUAAAGAGUACCAUAUCACAGCUUAAGACUACUCAAGUACAGCCAGUACUGGUCGAUUGUGUGGAUUUUAUUUAUAAUUUGAGCAAGAAAAUGAGGAAAACCACGUCAAUAUCAUGUUGA